AACUCUUUAAUUUAUCAUUUUAAACGAGCGGACGAAAGUCACCGUCAAGGCAACGUGAUUCAAGCAUUUUUAGUCUCCAGGCGGAUCGUUGGCCCCAAGUCACCAUAUCGUACUUUUCUAAAUACCAAGACGCAACGUAAAACACUCUGUUAAUACUCAAAAGAAAAUGACAAAGAGAGGCGAUAGUUCGAAGUUCAGGCCAUCUCUUCAGCAGGCCUUGCACGAGUACCACAUUGUUGGUCGUGCUGCUCCUACAAAGAAGAACCCGAAGCCUUUGGCAUACAGAAUGUCCAUUUUCGCCAAGAAUAGUGUCUUGGCCAAGUCUCGUUUCUGGUACUUUAUGAAGAGACUCAACAAGGCAAAGAGAUCUGGUGGUGAGAUCCUUGCCGUUAAUGAGCUCAAGGAGCCAAAGAAGGGCACUGUCAAGAACUUUGGUGUCUUGUUGAGAUAUGACAGCAGGACCGGCACACAUAACAUGUACAAGGAGUAUAGAGACACCACUAAAUGCGGCGCUGUCUCACAAAUGUACGGAGAUAUGGCUGGUGGUCACAGGGCUCGUGCCAGCUGCAUCCAGAUUAUCAGAGUCAAGGAAAUUGCAGAUUCUGAAUGCAAGAAGCCAAAGGUCACUCAGUUCCAUGAUUCCAAGCUCAAGUUCCCAAUUACAAAGCCAACCUCUCAUGUUAAUCGUGCAGAUAAGAAGCUCUUUGUAACAAAGAGACCAUCAGUCUCCCUUUAAACUGGUUUUUUUGUUU